GUAUCUCUUUCUCCUUGGUGCCCAGGCGCUUUCUGUGCUGUCUCUCUUUCAUCCCUUCGUCCUUUCAUCGCAACUCGGGCCAAUAGCGGUCCAUCCCAAGCCAGCGUGUCUCGCAGCUUUGUCGCGACUGCUGCUUAGCGCAUAUCCAACAUGAACCAGCCAGGGCAGUACGGAGCCGGCCCAAGACGAACUAAUACCUAUGGCUCGCAGCACGACGAACUCCAUAUUUCUCCCACUAUGAGCCACAGCGGACAAAUCUCCCCGCGAGAAUUCACCACCACCUCCGGCCCGCACAUUAAGCUCGACCAGCCCGUAUCGCAACCCGUCAAUCCUCAGUACCAGAAUUCCGGUGUGCCCAACAUUCUUCAACCUGGAGGAUUAGGCUCCGGUCGCCCUCCCGCCAUGAGUGCUAAUACCGCACCCACCCUCCCUACCAUGUCCGGCGCAAUACAACACUCUCCGAGCGAAUACGCCUCGCCGUCGAAGCCACCGUCCUUGAGCUUGUCACACGGCUACUCGAGAUCUAGUCCCGCCGCCCCUUACGAGAAUCCUUCCACCUCUUAUUCCCCCUACACGCCUACUACACCCGGCGGAUCUGCUGGCCCCUCAUCCCAGUACAUGUCGCCGCAAGAUCCCAAAUAUGGCGCCCCGGGUUCACAGCGAAAUAUCUCCAACACGCCGCUUGGUCUGGCAGACAUCAGGCCACGAGCUGAUUCAAGCCUGUCCGAUGGUCCGCCUGGCACUAUAGGAUACGAGCUCGCCAAUGCCCAUCCAUCCACGAGCAACUAUUUGGCACCUUGGGCGCUCUACGCAUUCGACUGGUGUAAAUGGGCUCCUCGGGACAGAGGAGCUGGCAAGGUGGCCAUCGGGAGCUAUCUGGAGGAUGGACAUAACUUUAUCCAAAUCCUCGAUUCGCAAAUCAUCAGUACCCCUUCUGAUAUAUAUACACCUGGCUCGUCUAAGUAUAGCAUGGAAUUUACAAAGGUUGCGGAAGCAACUCAUUCAUAUCCCGUAACGCGUUUGUUGUGGGAGCCUCCCUCGUCUCAAAAACAGUCUACCGAUCUACUAGCUACCUCCGGCGAUCAUCUUCGGCUCUGGUCUCUGCCGGCAGACGCCCCGACGGCGCACUCGAACUCGGUAAAUAAAUCAGCACUGGGUGCGCCUAUAACAAAACUCACGCCGCUGGCGCUUUUGUCCAAUUCGAAAACGCCAGAUCACACCGCGCCUCUUACGUCGUUGGACUGGAACACCGUUUCUCCAAGUCUAAUUAUCACGUCCAGCAUCGACACAACAUGCACCAUCUGGGAUAUACCGUCCCUAACAGCCAAGACCCAACUGAUUGCUCACGAUAAGGAAGUCUACGACGUUCGAUUUUGUGCCAAUAGUGUGGACGUGUUCGUCAGCUGUGGGCAAGACGGUAGCGUGCGAAUGUUCGAUCUUCGUAGCUUGGAACAUAGUACUAUUAUCUAUGAACCAACCUCCAAGGACGAUCGGGGUAUGAUUUCCACAACGUCCUUCUCCUCCCCAGCAUUUUCUAACAGCACCACAGAUGCGAAUGGUGGCAGGAUAAGCCCUACUCUGGCCCAGCAGACCAUGUCACACGCACCACCAUUAUUGAGACUGGCGACCUCGCCCCACGAUACUUACAUGUUAGCAACGUUCGCGCAAGAUUCAAGCGUCAUUCGGAUCCUCGAUGUACGACAUCCUGGGCAGGCACUGCUGGAAUUACGUGGCCAUGGCGGCCCCGUAAAUUCGGUGGAAUGGUCUCCUGGGAGGAGAGGACUGCUCGCCUCGGGUGGCGACGACUGCCAAGUCCUGCUUUGGGAUCUUGUAAACAGUACUCCUAGUAGCAGCUUGUCUUCCAAUGGUGUUGGAUCGGCUGAGAAACAUCUUACUCCUGUCGCUAGUUGGCAGUGUGAUUACGAAGUCGGCAAUCUUGGCUGGGCUCCACCACUCCGCAAUAGCGAUGGCGAUGGCGAAUGGCUCGGUGUCAGCGGCGGACGAGGCGUUUGGGGCGUGAAGAUCUGAAAUACCCGGUUUCAAGCUGUGAGAGUUUACGCUGCCAACUGAAAUGUAACGAGAAUAAGAAAUCCACGCAAGACCUAACCUGAACAAGAACCCUCAGAUUAGCAUUGCCCAUCAGACCGCUAUAUGCAUUUACGAAGCAAGGCGUU